UGCGGCUAACCUGGUUGUCUUGAAGAAACAGAAAAAAAUUGAAUAAAGAAGGAGAAUGAAAAUACUCCAACCUCAGUUCUGAACAGGUUUUCUGUGUUUACUGUUUGCUGAAAGUUUUUUACAUGGAAUCAGGUCUGCUGAGGCCCAACUGAGACAUCCUGAAGCUGAAAGUGGAGACUUGGUGGAGGGUGGGCGACUGGAGAAGCAGAGGUCUUCGCAGGUCUUUUCUCUGAGAGUUGAGCAUCAGUUUGUGCAAACAUGAAUCCCACGUGGAAGAUUUAUAAAAGCAAAGUGAUGAAGACUCUGAAUCCUGAGUACGAGGAGGACACUGCAGAGGAGCAGGUAAUAGAGGAGGAACAUGAUAUGAGUCCAAUACAGGAGGAUGAAGGGCCCAACGCCGUCUCCCAGCUGGCCAAAAAGAUGCAGGGGGCUGGGACUAAAAGCUGGAACAGAUUUUCUUCUCUCUUCAACAAAGAAGAUGAGCACCAGCUUCUGGAGGAGACCGAGAGCCCGCCGGUCGCUGACCACCCUCUCGCAGUUAAACCUGAAGAACCUCCUCAACCAGCCAGGCGCACAGCAUUCUGGGAUAGCUUUGCAACCAACUGGGCUGCAAAGAAGCAGGCCGAAGCAGCAGCGGGUGCUGCAGCUUCAAACGAGGGUGCAGCAGAACCAGGCGAGCAAGAGGCAACACAGGCCGGAGGGGAGGAGCAGCAAGAUGGCCAGGCUACCACAGGAGAGGAGACUGAGGCAGGAAGCAGCAGCAACAGCAACAACAGUUUCUCUAAAUACGUCUCACUGGGAGGAAGCAGCGAGGACACCUCCUUUAAGUGGAACUUUGUUACCAGCAAGCUGGCAGAGCUGAAGACCAAGGGCAUGGUGAAUAAGACCAACUGAAAACUACAAAUAUGUCUCCUAACAUUCUCACAAAAUGUUACAGCAAAUCUCUUAUUUUAUUUAACUUUAUUUCACUAUAAUCUCAUUUGAUUGUUUUCACGUUUUAAAGGCACAAAUGCAUUAUAUAUUUUUUUUAACCAAUGAACCAUGAAACAUAGGAUGUGACAUGUAUAAAAAUUGGUCCUGGACUAAAUAUUAAACUGUGGAUUACUUCUGCAUUAAUACCAUUUAGAAUAAAUGUUUAGUGUCUACUUAGUUAAUCCUGUAACAAAUGAAUUUGGGGUAGCCUGGAGUGAUGUGAGGUAAAGAGUUUACUGCGGUUAUUAAUAACACCUUAAAACUUUGCAUAGUGGUUUGUGUGGUCAUAUUUUCCACCACAGCACUUCUUCAACCAUGAGAAAAGGGCAUUCUUACCUUUCAACAAAUGCAACUUAAACUGUAGUGUAGUAAAAACCGGAUUAAAAGAUUAAAGGCAGUGAUAUCUGGAUUAGCCAAGGAUUAGAUCACUUAACCUGUUCAGAGAGUAGGAUUACAACUAAAAGGUCUUUAAAUCUGGCAAAACCAUUGUAUUUCCUGCAAGUCUUUACAAUGAUAUUCUUCUUCUGUGGUGAAAUGUGUGUUUGGUAAUGAUAUAUUCUGCAAUCAUAAUUUAAAAUUUCUCCCCUUUGACUGAGACUGAAAUGUGCAAUGUGUGAAUUUUAUUUUUAUGAUGCAGGAAAAAAGUGGAUAUUGUUCUUUUUUUCUGUUUCUUGUUGGUUUUGACUGUUUCUGUUCUGGUAUGACAAAAUAAAGACUCUUUCCCUGAAA